GGGCUUCCCCGGAACAAAGAUUUUUCCUGCUUUCCGGGUCCGAGCUCCAACCUCUCUUCUGCCCUCCCCUUUUUGCCUUCAACCCCAGUGUGAACCCCAAUUGUCUUUCCUCCUGGGAGUCUGGAAGAAGGGGCCCGCUUGGUCCGAGGGCUUUCCUCGGGGGUAUCCACAGGGAUCUGCGUGUGACCUGUGUGUGCUUGGAAUGGGGGGGGGAGGACUGGAGCUGGAGUCUGCGGGUGCCCCCGGCCGUGACCUCUUCGCCAUCCACCUUGGGGGGCUCCAAGCUUUUGGAUUCCAUUGGGAAUUUUAAGGAGACGCACCGAAAGGCCGCCUCCGCGCCUAAUUCCGGGGCUCCGGCCUGGCCCGGGUCAGCUCUGGGAGGCCCCCGCUGCCUGGCGCAAGAGAGGGACCGCCGAGGAGCAGAAGGACGGGGGCGGGGCCGGGGCAGAGGCGGAGCUGGGCUGGGCGGGGAGGAGACCCGGAGCAAAUGGCGGGACAGGAGCAGCCUGGUCCAGCGCGACUGGGAGCACCCGCAGCCGCAGCCGCAGCCGCCGCCGCCGCCGCCUCUGCUGUCCGGGAAGGGAGGAGAAAGAGCCCGAGAAGAAGGAGCAAGGCUGGGGAUGGCCAUGCUGUCCGGUUUCACUAGACUGGCUCGGCCCAGCCCAGCCCGGCCCAGCCCAGCAGGGUGGAGCUUGAGCGUGAGUGUGUGAGUGCUUGUGUGUGUAUGUGUGAGUGAGUGAGUGAGCGUGCAAGCCGGCAAAGAGCUUGAGAGGAAUAGCUGCUGCUGGAGGGGGGAGGGGGGGAGGGGGAAGAGGAAGGGAGAAGUAGGGACAGUGCUGCUCCCCACCUGGGCCGCGACAGUUAGUUGGUGCUGCCAGUUCGGGUGGGACGCUGGCAGCCCCGCUAACAGAAGCAGCCAGGGCUAGGACCGAGGCGCCGAGUUCGGCCGUUUGUGCCUUGCUGCCCCCUCGCAGGAGCGCGUGGUCUAGACUCCUAGGGAAGAAGGCUGGAAGUCCAGUGGGCAGGGAAGGGCCGCCCGCCCAUCUGAGGCCCGGGAGGCCGUUAGGAGGAGUUAGGAGUCUUAGGAAAGGGUUGGCCGGAGGGCGGUGCCAGGGUCUCCUGAGCUUGCCAGGACUCCGAGCCAGACGCGGAUUUGGCGAGGCGGUGGGGGACAUCGCCAGUCUCUCGGGUGGGUUGCUGCUGUGCCAAGCGCUCCCCGCCAGGGGGCAACGUCCUCGCGGCGCCUAAGACUGCUCGGGGAGUUCAAGGGCGUGUCUCCGCAUCACCUGGCCCAGCCGGCCCGCGCUCCACCCUCUGCAGCCCGGCCGCGGCCAGCUCGGGCAUCGGCGGGACUUCCGCGCGCAGUGGAAACGAGGCUGCACGGCCUCUCUUCCGAACCUCGGCUAUGCUGCCUUUCGGAGACAAGACGAGAGAAAUGGUCAAUGCAUGGUUUGCUGAGAGAAUUCAUCCCAUCCCAGUCUGUAAGGAAGGAGUCAGAGGUCACACAGAGUCCUGCUCUUGCCCCACUCAACAGAGUCCGCGUGCUGAGAGCACUGCGCCUGGCACUCCCACCAGGAAAAUCUCAGCCUCUGAGUUUGACAGGCCACUUCGGCCCAUUGUUGUCAAGGACGCCGAAGGAACUGUGAGCUUCCUCUGUGACUCAGAGAAGAAGGAACAGAUGCCUCUGCAGCCCCCCAGGUUUGGUGCUGAUACAGGAGAUCAGUGCUCUAGGCUCUUGGAGCUGGUGAAAGAUAUCUCUAGCCAUUUGGAUGUCACGGCGCUUUGUCACAAAAUCUUCUUACACAUCCACGGGCUGAUCUCUGCCGAUCGUUACUCCCUCUUCUUGGUCUGUGAGGAUAGCUCCAAUGACAAAUUCCUCAUCAGUCGCCUGUUCGAUGUCGCUGAAGGCUCCACCCUGGAAGAAGCUUCCAAUAGCUGUAUCCGCUUAGAAUGGAACAAGGGAAUCGUGGGUCAUGUGGCAGCUCUGGGGCAGCCCUUGAACAUCAAAGAUGCAUAUGAGGAUCCAAGGUUCAAUGCGGAAGUGGACCAAAUCACAGGCUACAAGACCCAGAGUAUUCUCUGUAUGCCCAUCAAGAACCAUAGGGAUGAGGUUGUUGGUGUGGCCCAGGCCAUUAACAAGAAAUCUGAAAAUGGUGGCACAUUCACGGAAAAAGAUGAAAAGGAUUUUGCUGCUUAUCUGGCAUUCUGUGGGAUUGUUCUCCACAAUGCCCAACUGUAUGAAACAUCACUUCUGGAGAACAAACGGAACCAGGUGCUGCUGGACCUUGCCAGCUUGAUCUUUGAAGAGCAGCAGUCCUUAGAAGUGAUCCUGAAGAAGAUCGCGGCUACCAUCAUUGCCUUCAUGCAGGUGCAGAAAUGCACAAUCUUCAUAGUGGAUGAAGAUUGCUCGGAUUCGUUUUCUAGGGUGUUUCACAUGGAGUUUGAGGAUUUGGAAAAACCAGCAGAUGCUCUAACAAGUAGGGAUGGAGACACCAACAGAAUCAAUUACAUGUACGCUCGCUAUGUCAGAGACACCAUGGAACCUCUUAACAUCCCCGAUGUCUAUAAGGACAAGAGAUUUCCCUGGACAAACGAAAACCCAGGAAGCUUUCAGCAGCCCAUUAGAAGUUUGCUUUGUACACCUAUAAAAAAUGGGAAGAAGAAUAAAGUCAUAGGAGUUUGCCAGCUUGUUAAUAAGAUGGAAGAGAAUUCCAGUAAAUUCAAACCUUUCAACCGAAAUGAUGAGCAGUUCCUGGAAGCUUUUGUUAUCUUUUGUGGGUUGGGAAUCCAGAACACCCAAAUGUAUGAAGCAGUGGAAAGAGCCAUGGCCAAGCAGAUGGUAACUCUAGAGGUCCUGUCGUAUCAUGCUUCUGCAGCAGAAGAGGAAACAAGAGAGCUUCAGUCAUUAACAGCCGCCAUGAUACCAUCUGCCCAAACCCUCAAGAUAAUGGACUUCUCCUUCAGUGACUUCGAGCUCUCUGAUUUGGACACGGCCCUCUGCACAAUUCGGAUGUUCACCGACCUCAACCUUGUGCAGAAUUUCCAGAUGAAACAUGAGGUUCUUUGCAGGUGGAUUCUAAGUGUCAAAAAGAAUUAUCGAAAGAAUGUAGCCUACCACAAUUGGCGGCACGCCUUUAACACAGCCCAGUGCAUGUUUGCUGCAUUAAAGUCAGGUAAAAUUCAGAACCAGCUGACUGACCUGGAGAUCCUGGCCUUGCUGAUCGCUGCUCUGAGCCAUGACCUGGAUCACAGAGGGGUGAACAACUCUUAUAUACAGAGAAGUGAACACCCCCUCGCGCAGCUGUACUGCCACUCCAUAAUGGAGCACCACCAUUUUGACCAGUGCCUGAUGAUCCUUAACAGCCCAGGCAACCAGAUUCUCAGUGGCCUGUCCAUUGAUGAAUACAAGGCCACACUGAAAAUGAUCAAGCAGGCAAUUCUAGCCACUGACUUGGCACUGUACAUCAAGAGAAGAGGAGACUUUUUUGAACUUAUAAGAAAGAAACAAUUCAACUUUGAAGAUUCCCAGCACCGGGAGUUAUUUUUAGCGAUGCUGAUGACAGCCUGUGAUCUCUCUGCGAUAACCAAGCCCUGGCCAGUUCAACAGCGGAUAGCAGAGCUAGUAGCUGCAGAAUUUUUUGACCAAGGGGACAGAGAACGAAAGGAAUUAAACAUCGAGCCCACAGACCUGAUGAACAGAGAGAAGAAAAAUAAAAUCCCGAGCAUGCAAGUUGGAUUCAUAGAUGCCAUUUGCUUACAGCUCUAUGAGGCCCUGGCCCACGUCUCAGAGGCCUGCUUCCCCCUGCUAGACGGCUGUAGGAAAAAUCGGCAGAAAUGGCAGGCCCUGGCCGAGCAGCAGGAGAAGAGCCUGAUGAACGGUGAAAGCGGCCAGCCCACGCUGACCUGAAGGGGCCCGGCCGGGACAGACCGAGCACGCAGAGUUUACGUUUACACAGAAGACGUCCUAUUUUGUGAUACGUAAUGUUCGUAGACACUGUACGAGUUGGGUACAUAUUUUGCCACUGCUGUAUUUUUUUAAUGUUUGGUUUUAUUUUUGCACAACUUUUAAGGGCAUAGUGUGAUGCAUUCAGGGGUCCUCUUGUAGACUGUCUGUAUGUGUCUCCAUACCACUGAAGGGAGGGGGCCCCCUCUGCCCGCAAUGGCCACAGUGGUCAGAAAGCUGGUCACGAUGCUCAGGUUCUGCCGAGGGAGGUCCUGGGAGGCCUUUGACCCUGGAGUUGUCUAUCUGUGUCCUGGCUUGUUUUUGCUGUUGUUGAAUGACCAGUUCUUCAAGAAUGCUUGGCAGCUCUUCCCUCUUCCGAGAGGAGCCAGGAUCAACAGUCGAUUCCUCUGGGUUUGGGAAUGCCGAGGAGAGAAGGCGAGUGGCCAGGCCUGAUUUUGGACAGAGCCAGACUGCAGGGAUUUGGGGGAUGCGUAGAACAUCGAUGCCCUUCCAGAUCCCAUUUAUGACUUGCCUCAGCACCUUCCAGGAUUUCUGGAAGGGUGUGAUGUCAGGCCAUGUAAUUAAACAGAGAAGAUAUCAAUGAUGAUCAGAGUCUUCGAGGUGAAUGGAAUCUGAGGCCCUCUAAUCCAACUCUCUUAUUUUAAAAAUAAGGUAACGGGCUCCACCCCCAAAUUUAAGUGACUUCCCUAAGGCCACACAGGCAAUAAACAUAAUAAGCAAGAUUUGAAUCCAGAGCCUAGGGACCUUAAUUCUAAAGAACGAAGGGACCUCAGAAGCCUCCAACUCUCACUUUACAGAGAACGUAAGUGUGGCCCAAUAUGGUUACGUAAGUGACUUUCCCAAGGACACACAAGCAGUAAGCAUCAGAAGAGGAAUUUGAAUAGAUCUAGAAUUCAGAGGCCACUGAGAACCAAUCAGCUCCUCAUUUUACAGAUACAGAAUUGAGGUGCAGCAUGGGUGGCUUGCCCAGGAUCACCCAGUCACAUUUUUGAUGUCCUCGUUGGCAUUGCUAAAUGUCUAAGAGAGAAUGAGUCUAUCCAUUGAAUAACUUUCAGGAAAUCCACUCCUUCCAUUAUGGCCUAUAAAAUCACCUGCUCCUCUUUACAGAUAGUCUUACAACUUGAGUCACAAAGAAAUAAAUUUCAGUCACUCAGGUCUCAAAAGGAAAGAAUGAAUUCUAGGGAACAGGAAUCCAGCAUUGUCCUAAGAGAAGAGUAGCUUCUGGGAGGGCAAAGAGUCACCAUUCCUUCCCUUUCCCUUAGAAAGAAGUCAUGGGGGAAGGGGCAGCUGGGUAGCUCAGUGGAUUGAGAGUCAGACCUAGAGAUGGGAGGUCCUAGGUUCAAAUCUGGCCUCAGACUCUUCCCAGCUGUGUGACCCUGGGCAAGUCACUUAAUCCCCAUUGCCUGGCCCUUACCAUUCUUCUGCCUUGGUGCCAAUACACAGUAUUGAUUCUAAGAUGGAAGGUAAGGGUUCCUAAAAAAGAAUAAUAAUAAUAAAUUUUUAAAAAGAAUAAUAAUUUUUUUAAAAAGAAUAAUUUAAAAAAGAAAAGAAAGGAGUCCCAGGAGGUAGCUUGAAGACAGGACUUUAAUCAUUAAUGCAGCUGAGAGAGAAUAGAGCAAUCUUUGUACUUUAAUAAAUAUCACAAGGUCACCAUGAUCUCCCUUUCCUACCUAUAUCAUACUGCUGUUGGGGGUCAAAGGGAAAUAGCAGAAGGAGUCAUUUGAAUACCCUAGACAUAAAUGGAACCCCAAGCCAUACAGAAGCAAGCAGCUUCAGGCCAUGGGACCAGUAAAAGGGGAGGAAUUACUCCACGGCCUGGGAUUGGCUAGGCCAAGUCCUGUCCCUCCAAAAUAACCUAGUUCAUCCUUCUUCAGAUCAUGUGACUUGGCUGCCAUCUUUCUCCCACAGUACUUCACUGAUGGGAUCAGAGGCAAUUUCCAUUCCAUGUGUGCCCUUGAGCUCUUCUAAAUGAACUCAAUAGAGUGAGUGCCUUGGGAAAGCAGACAUGGAGAAUGAGGAAAGGAGGCAAUAGAAAGAAGAAGGCCUGGAUCUUCCCAACCGACCAUUUCCAUGGGUUGGCUCACAGUUCCCAUCACCCAUUAUUAAGGCAGAAGGGGUGCUAUUUUUUUUUUAAUUCCAGUCCUUCUUCAGAGGGGAUUUCCAGUGUAGAGCCUCCCUCUCCCAAGGCAGAUUGCUAAUUCACUUAUAACUUACACACUUGGGCAGUUGUCUGAGAGCACCUUGACUUUUCCAGAGUUACACAGCCACUAUGUGUCAGGUCUGGAGUGGAACCCAGCUCUUACUGUCUUCAAAUCUGGCUCCCGCCAACCCACCAAGCCACACCAGCAUCCUCGUGACAUCGUUUGAGAAGACCAUUUCCUAACAAGCACGUUGCUUUCUUCUCGUGGCUACUUCACACAGAAGUUUCCAACAUUCUGGGGACCGUGACCAUAAAUUAGGCACAUAUGACAGAUAAAUACAAAUUUCUCAUUACUUUGGCCAAAGCUGAUGUUUCCUUAGAUAGCCCCUCGAUAAUCAUGGCUGGCUCUGUUACAUGCUUGGUGGGCUUGCUGCGGCUAGAGUACAGUAGGGUUUCGUUUUAUCUUUAUGGCACUGUGUAGAGAUUAGCGUUAUGACCCUUGCCCCUUUCUAGACAAGACUCUAAGUGACCUGGAAUGCCACUCAGAGCAAAGUGCAUAGGUCUGCUGGCUCCUCAGAAGUGGGCAUCUUCUCUGACACUUGCUAUCUCUGUGACCUUGGAUCCUGAACCUCAGUUUCUUCCUCGAUAGAUAAGGGAGUUGGACUAGAUAGCUUCUGACAUCCCUUCUAAGACGGCAUGAUCUUAGAAAAAAGUCAUGUAGUACUGAGAUAGCUGUAUCUACAUCCAAGUCUAUAGCUGGAGUUAUAGUUGUCUUCCAUUCGUUUAGACCCUUCCAACCUAAACCAAGCUGGUUUUUGAGAGGAUGCCUUCUAAGUGGAUUAUUUGUGGAAUGAACAUAAAUCUAGUUUUGUAUUUGGAAACUAUGUCUAACGCUGUUUUCCCACUUAUGAGUCCCAAGGUUAGGAGAUGCUCUUCCUAGUUGAUGUUAUCCUUGGAGAUCAGGGUUCAGGCAGAAGUUGAAUUUGCCAUUUGCCAAGAAAUUUUUAAAGUUAGUUAAAGUUAACAAACUUCAAAAUAGGGACCAUCUAGCUGAGCUAUUUAGUAUCUAAGAAUUACGGCUGGAUGGGACCUCAGAGAUAAUUCAGUCCAAUACUCUCAACUAUACAUAUAUAUAUAUAUAUAUAUAUAUAUAUAUAUAUAUAUAUAUAUAUAUAUAUAUGGAAACUGAGAAUGAGAGAGUUUAAGUGAGUUGCAUAGGAUCAAACAGCCAAUAUAUAUUUCAGGCAGAAUUCUAACCCAGUUCUUACUGAUUUCCAUUCCACCAUACUUCCUCUACAUUAAGGAAUUUUGAUUUCAUCAAAGGAGGCAAGCCCAGCCCUGAAACAGGGAGCUCAAUUUGCCUAUAAUUGAGGGGAUGCCGAGACCCAAAAUUCAUCAUCUCCUCCCCUCCCCACAGCCAACCUUGUGUUAGCUAAGUUGACUCCUUAAACAACAUUCAUCAGCAGACCCAUGCAAUCUGUGAAAAGUGAGAACAAAUCCAAAUUUUAGCUGCUGACACAAAUGCCCGUUUCCUAUUCUCUUCCCCAUGUAGACAAGGAAAAUCACUUUUGUUUUUUCCUACUUUGAUCCUAAAGCUCCAUGAUGUCAUCAUCAUAGGUGCUCCUGCUACUCUACUCCUCCUGCCUUCUCAACUUACGAUUCUUGUCUACAUUUUCACUUGUACAUUCUAUGGACCUCAGUGUUUUUCCUCAAGAUGAAAUAAAACACACAUUCUGAAUAGUUUCUGCUAUGUGAUGGCAAGAGUAACAGAUGUGGAAGCUGCCCAGUGAGCCAUUGCCAUCCUGUCAAAUGGCCUGGCUUUGUAUUUUCAUAGUGGGGACUACAGAUCACUGAGUCACUCUGUGCCUGAGGAAACUGGGCUGGGCAAAUGGAACUAGGGAUACUUGGAACCCAUACACUUGAUGUCUUGGAAGGCAGCUGCCAGAUUCUCCCUCAAAACUACAAGACAUCAGUCUAAUGCAACAUAGCUUCUUCUGUCCUUGUGAAUUUCCCAUACUUUGCCACGGUGAGAACCCCUUUCCCAUACUUCACUUGGAGUUAAUUGGUAAGGAUGAGAUUUCUUAAAACUCUUGAAGGAGAAUGACAUUGAGCUCACCACUAAUAAGCUCCCCUCCAAUGUGAGACAUAAGCAAGCACAGAAAAUAAUCGAUACUGGGCAAGGACACAGGUGGAGGAGAAGUGGGAAAUAGCCAUAGCUCUAUGCUACCUGCUCUACCACUUAGAAGAGAUUCAUUUGGAGUGGAGGGCUUCGGUUUGUCUCUUUGUUCCUAGCCUUUCACCAGAUCUGAUUUCUCCAUCUCUCUCUCACACACACAAACACACACCCCUCUUCCUGCUAGAUAUUGCUAUUGAUAUAUGAACUGCUGCAACAUUCUCCAGCAAUUCCAACCAGAGGGUUGGGUUGGAUUUUUUUUCUUGGGUUUUCUUUCCUUCUUUCUUUCUCUUUCUUUUUCUUUUUUUUCUUUUUCUUUUUCUUUCUUUCUUUCUUUCUUUUUUUUUUUGGCUUCUCCUGGAUGGCUGAAAUAGGAUGCCGAAACAAUGAGAUUGCUGCCCUCUUCUGCAAUUGCUCAAAUGCUCUAAAUGGGUACCAGGGAGGGAGGACAAAGGACCCCCCUGGAGCCUUAUCUGUUCCUAACCUUGAUGACUUUCAGUGGAAUCUGGGACAGUUGAUGUUCCUUCUGUUUCCCCAUAAAUGCCCCUAAACAUUUCUGAAGUGUGUGCUAUGCAGUUUCAUGAGGGCAUUCUUGGUUACAGAAUUUAGAACAAGUCUGGAAAUGGGACACUGAGUCAUCAUUCCCAUCAUCCUCUGGGGUCAAAGAUGCUAAGUCGGGGACACCUGUCCGCCAUCCCACUACACAGAGUUGUUUGCUUUCUCCUCUCUGCAAUCUAGGCUGAGGAUCUUUGGAAAUCAAAAUCACCAACCCAUGCUAGUAAAUUUCUGGCUCAGCUUAAGUACCAGCCCCCUUUCACUCUGCCAUAUAGAGAAAGGAAGAUAGCAUUGGGCUCACCUUCCGCCUCCUCUACACCUACCAAAAGCCUGUGUAUACAUGUUUUAUUGAAUGUAGUUGAAAGUGUAAAUACUUUUUAAAAUAAAUUACAUCAUAGUUUAAUUUUUGUAAAUCACAGUGAACCAUCACUAGCCACUGUUAGAGUUUCUUUGUAUUCUUAUACUUUUUCAAAGUAUUGGAACAAAUAUAUAGUUUCUGGACACUAUUUUUGUACUAGGAUGGGGGGGGGGGCUGUGUAUAUUAUGCUUAACUUUCAAGUGGUUUGAAAGAGUUUUGAAUGCCAAUAUCUUUUCCCCGUCCCCUCUCUCCUCCCUCCUUCCUCCCCGUUUCAGACAAUCUUCUUACACAACAGACCCAAGUGUAAGAACAAGUUGGGUUGGACUGUCCAUCAACCCAGUGGUCAGAGAAAAAGCCCCUCAGGGAGUUUUCUACAUGAGUCCAAAUUGUUCACUUGCCACUUCCCUCCUCAUUGUAUUCUUUGUACUAUUUUUCAUUCUUUGACAAAUAAAAAAGGAUGAGAAAUGACUAAGA